CAGAAAUGGACAUGUUGUCGGGAAAAAUGUUAUCAUUUUUCACAUGAAUCAAAGAACUUCAUAGACAGCAGGGCAUUUUGCAACAGAAUGGACUCCAAACUUGUCAAAAUAGAGGAUGAACAACAACUGAACUUCAUUCAGAGUCAAAUCGCUUAUUACUCCUGGAUUGGAUUGUCUCGUCAGGGAACUGCUAGUUUCUGGACAUGGGAGGACAACUCAAAACCCCUUCUUGAAUUUGAUUGGGAAGAGUCAUCGAGGGGAAACUGUGGAAGUAUAACUGCUUCAACAAUGGCUGCUGCUGACUGCGCCAAACGCAUGCACAUUAUUUGUGAAAAGAGACUCUAAUGUCUUUCUGCCUAACACUGGAAACAAC